AGUUUCUCUGGUUGGACUGGGGGCAGGAGGGGUUUACAUUUGUAUCGGGCUGGGUACCGCUUGCUUACUCGCACCUGCCUGAUGCCCGGUUAGACCUUCCAGGAUGCAAUCAAUCAACAACAAAAUCUGAGUAAAUUUUUUAUUUUCCCCCCCAAAUAAACUUCCUUACAUCUACUACAAGUAAUGAAGUAAUCGGGAAGUAUUCGUGCAGUAUCAGCACGCAGAGCGAUCGCUUUAAAGUUAAAGCAUUUUUUCCCCCGGUUCGCUCCGCUGUUUUCGUCUACGAGCUGUAUUAACUCAUGCAACCUGAAAAGACCUAAGCGUUCGUCUUUUUGUUCUUAAAUUCACGUUUAUCGAUAAGUUGACUCCUGUGCUCGUCUCCGCCCUGCUGUCAGCUCUCGGCCGAAUGGGAAGUCGUUUAAGGAAGAUAACGAGCUGAGAACGACUCGCUUUUCUUUAGGGGGCUUUGCGCGUCUGUCGGGAAAUCAUGUCCAAGACGUUUGCAGCUUUCCUGCUGACCCAGGCGGCUGUCUUCCUGGGGAGCCCGGAAAGUCGCGCUGUGACUGGGUCCGCUCCGAGGAACGGUACCGCAGCCCUCCGGCCCAACAUCGUGCUGGUGAUGGUCGACUCCUUCGAUGGCAGGCUGACCUUCGAGCCGGGGAAUAAGACCGUGUUGCUUCCCUACAUAAGCUACAUGAGGGAGCAGGGGGCUGUCUUUCUCAACUCUUACACCAACUCCCCCAUCUGCUGCCCAUCCAGAGCAGCCAUGUGGAGCGGCCGAUUCGUCCAUUUGACGGAGUCGUGGAAUAACUACAAAUGCCUUGAGGAGAACUACACGACGUGGAUGGACCUCCUCCGGAAGCGAGGAUACUACACGAAGAAGCUGGGGAAGCUGGACUACAGGUCUGGAGGGCACACAGUCAGCAAUCGCGUCGAGGCCUGGACGCGAGACGUGGACUUCCUGCUGCGGCAGGAGGGCCGGCCAGUGACCAACCUGACCGGAGACUCGCAGGUGUCUCAUCAUCUCGUCACCGUGCCCACAUGGCUGCCUUUCUCUCGGAUGCAUCAGGUGGACUUUUACUCCACCUACACCAAGAACUGCUCCAGCAAUUUCACGGAGCAGGAGCUGAAAGACAUCCGGACCUUCUACUACGCCAUGUGCGCAGAGGCGGACGCCAUGCUGGGGGAGAUCCUGCUGGCGCUCCGGGACUCCCAGCUCCUCUCCAGCACCGUGCUGCUGUUCACCUCCGACCACGGCGAGCUGGCCAUGGAGCACCGGCAGUUCUACAAGAUGAGCAUGUACGAGGGCAGCUCCCACGUUCCCUUGCUCGUCACGGGGCCCCGGGUCCGAGCCGGGCUGCAGGUCCCUCAGCCCGUCUCCCUGGUGGACAUUUACCCUACAGCUCUUGACCUGGCUGGCAUCCCUCUCCCCGGAGGUCUGAGUGGGCACUCCCUCUUACCCCUGCUGUCCCGGGACACCCCCCCAAAGGGCCGCCCACGCCCGACCUGGGUCCUGAGCGAGUUCCAUGGCUCUGAUGUCAACGCCUCUACGUACAUGCUGAGGACAGAGCAGUGGAAGUACAUCGCCUAUGCCGACGGGAUCAGCGUCCCACCCCAGCUCUUUGACCUGUCCUCCGAUGAGGAAGAGCUGCGCGACCUGGCGGCGGAGCUGCCCGGCGUCUGCGGGCGCCUGGACGGGCUGCUGCGCGCCGUGGUGGACUACCCCGCCGUGUCCCGCGCCGUGCGCCGCUACAACAGGCGCCAGUUCCUGUCCUGGAGGCGCAGCCUGGGCGCCGCCUACGCCCGCACCAUCGCCGGCCUGCGCUGGCACCGCGACUGGCAGGAGGACCCGGCCGGGUACGAGGCUGCCAUCGACCGCUGGAUCGCCGGGGCGUAGGGCAGCUCCCGGGGGGCCGUGACGAGACGCACGGGGAGGGGGGGGCGGCUGGUGCUCGCCUCGCGUCCGGCCACAGCCGUCUCCCUCACGCGUGGGGCGGCGGUCUCCUCUCACGCCAAGCCCCGAGAAAGCCCAUACGCGCCCUCCUCGCUGUCGGCCCACAGACGUUCUUGACUUUCUUUUUUUUUUUUGGUUAUGUAAAGAUCAACUUUUUUUUUUUAGUCUUUAUACGUAUUUUAUUUUCGCCGAAUCUGAAAGAUGACAUCUCGGGUUGUCUUCCAAGAUGUGGCCCGCUGUUCUCCUCAUAUAUGGGUUAUAUUGGGAGAAAUGGUAGAAAUUCCGGUAGUGAACCGUUACAGGGAUCUUCAGCACAUUGUACUGCAGUUGUCCUAAUAGAGCUUCGGCUUCAUUGCCGGGGCUGUAACUAAGGGGGAAAAGUAUGGCUGUUUUACUGCUCCACCCUCACACCGCCUCACUAGAUGUGCACCUUUAAACUUCUGCAGUGGGUUUCAGUGGAACAAAGGCUUCAGAAUCAGACUGCAAACUGUUGCCAGGCAACUAGGAAUUAACAGCGGCCAGUUUUUUGUUUUAAUUGGCUUCAUAUUUUAACACCCCUUCAGCUGCUUUUAAAAAUGUCAUGGCUUGCUACAGAGUUACCCAGUUGCCUGGCCCCUGGUGGGUUCCCAAGAUAUUGGAAAGAAGCUUUGUAUUUAUCAGUAUUGUAUGCAUCUGAAUGGGACUAAUUCUUCCGAUGCAAAUAAAAGAGUGAAUGUUC